AUGGAUCUAUCCGAUGAAGAUGAAAACCCUUACGAUUUUGUCGCGCAAUAUAAAAAACUUGAAAUGGAAAGGAAAAAUAAAGUUGCCAAUGAUAAACAACAAUCAAUCGUCAAUAGUACCAUAAAUUCACAGACUACAACUUCUGUAAAUGUAACAAAAAGUUCCUCUACACAGUCUGAAGCAUUAACUAAUUCAGUUGUAAAUACUACUGUCAAUUCUACAGCAAGUACUAAUAGCCAUGGUCGUAGUACUCGUAGUAGUACUCGUAGUAGUACUCGUAGUAGUACUCGUAGUAGUACUCUUAGUAGUACUCGUGGUAGUAAUCUUAGUACUCGUGGUCGUCGCCAGCCAAGAGGAAGAAGAAAUGUUGCAACUGAAGAAUCUACUAAUGUGAUUGGACCAGUAAUAUGCAUAGGAGAUUUUGAUGAUGGUUAUAAUAUGCCAUUGCCAAAAGUAUCUAAGGAAAAAACAGAGACUGAAAAAAUGUUGGAGGAUGCUGACAAUAUUAUGGAAAAUUGGAGAAAAAGACAAAUUGAAGACGCUGAAGUGGAAGAUGCCUUAGCUAUAGCAAAUCGUGAAAUCAAUGUUAAAGUCUAUUGGCGACAAAUGCGUACAUAUCGUUUUCCUCUUAGAAUGUUUCAGUCAAUUUCAAGUAUUUACGAACAUUUUGCAAAAUUAGAAGAUAUAGAGCCUUCACAUGUUCGUUUGGAUCUACACAAAAAGACUCUUUCACCAACAGAUACACCAAAUUCAAUCAACUAUAAGAUAGUAGAUUUCAUUGAUGGUGAAAUAGAAUUUUACAGGAGCCCUUACGAUACACCCGAUGUUGUUCCAGAAGUUGAAGAAAAACAAGAUGAUUUAGUCAAAUUUUGUAUCAAGCAAAAAGAUGUAAAAAAACCAAUUUUUAUGGAAAUUAAAAAAACUGACAAAAUGCUGAUUUUGUAUAUCAAACUAUCAGAAAUGUUGGGAUUUGAUAUAGACUCAUUUACAUUAGAGUUUGAUGGUGAUAAAAUUAAAAAAAACGAUACAAUGGAAAGCUUAGAACUUGAAGGAGAUGAAUGUUUUGAACUCUUCCAGAAACAAUCAAAGAAAUAG